AUGUUCUCUCUUAGAAGAAAUAUUUCAAAUCUAAUAAAGGUCUCUGGAAGACAAACAGCUUUGAUUAGACCAGCAAAGUUUGCUCUUUUGAAGCCUUUGCCAGUAGCAUUCAGAAAUUAUGCGACUGAAAAAAAAGACGAAAAGUUUCAGUCCAUUUUGAACGAUGAUUUGUUAGCUCAAGCAGGGGUGGACUUGGAUGCUGAAAACUCCAAGUCUCAAGAAAAAAAGCCAAGCUCUGACUCGGAAAUUCAUUACUCUAAACCUAAGGGCAGAAAGAACAUUUCAUCUAUUGACCAAAGGAGAGAACAAAGAGCAAAGUACGCCUAUUUUGCAACUUAUCUAGCUUUGUUGGGAGGAGUCGUCUACAUGGCUAGAGACUGGGAUGAAACCGAGCCUCAGUACAAGGCUGAGGAGAAUGGAUACACUCCCCUAUUAAUGUGGAACCGUUUUUACGCUCGUUUCAACGAAUUGUCGAACUUUUUCACCGAGCCUGCCUUUGACGAUCUUCUUCCCCCACCUCCUCCUGAGCCUUACAGAAGACCUCUAACUUUAGUAUUGACUUUGGACGAUUUGUUGAUUCAUUCAGACUGGAACCCAAAGACUGGUUGGAAAACGGCCAAGAGACCAGGUUUGGACUACUUUUUGUGCUACUUGUCCCAAUACUACGAAAUUGUUUGUUUUAGUUCAACUUCUAACAGCAAUCUGAUUAUUGAGAAAAUCGACCCUUACAGAGCAUACUUCUCCUAUGAUCUUCCCAGAGAGGCUGGUCGUAUAAAGGAUGGAAAAUUGAUCAAAGAUCUCUCUUUGUUAAACAGAGACUUGGGAAAGACUGUCAUUAUUGAUGUCGAUCCAGACUGCUAUUCUCUGCAACCCGAGAACGCCAUCCCUAUGGAAAAAUGGGAUGGUAAGCGUGAUGACAAGUUGGUUCGCCUUAUCCCAUUCUUGGAGUAUCUGGCUACUCAACCAAUUAAAGAUGUCAGACCAGUUCUGAGCUCAUAUGGUGACAAGAAAGAUAUUCCCGAAGAGUUUGCCCGUAGAGAAGCCGUUUUGAGGAAAAAAUGGGACGAAGAUUGGGAGCAAAAGAACAAACAUUUAAAUGCUAACAACCUAGCUGCUAAACUAUUGGGCGCUCCCUCUGUAAACGCCAAACCAAAAAUGCCUUUAGAUAUUAUCAGAGAGGCUGGGCAACAACAAUAUCUUCAAACUGUGAAAUUCAUCAAGGAACACGGUGAAAAGGCUUUAGAAGAGAACAACAAGUUGAUGGCUCAACAGAAGUUUACCUUGGAGAAAAUUGUUACUGAGGGUUUACCUAAGCCGGAAGACAUUGCUAGGCAACAACAGGAAUUACAACAACAACAACAACAACAACAGUAA